AUGGUUAUAAAGCAAGAUAGAUGUGCUACUAAAAAUAUAUUUAGUAACACACUGAAUACCGAAUAUGAAAAACUUGAGGAGAUCAAAGAUAAGACAUCACCAAAUAUAGACAUGUUAAGAGAAAAGGAGGACAAUGAUGGGUUGUAUAAUAAUAACAAUAACUAUAACAAAAGUGAUGGGCAUAAGGCAUAUAUUGAAAAUAUAAAAUUGAAACAAUCUAAAUAUUUUGGAGAUAAAACUAUAGGGAAAAAAUAUAGUUAUAUUUAUUUAAUAAAUCAAAUAUUUGGAUCUGGAAUUGUAUCUAUUCCAUAUAUAUUUAAACAUUCUGGUUGGCUACCAUGUCUAUUUAUAAAUAUUAUAAUAUGUCUUUUAACAAUUUUUAAUACAUUGUUAUUUUUACGAUCUAUGACAAUGAUACCAAAUAAUAUCCAUUUUAAUAAAAGAUAUGAAUACAUUUCAACUAUGUGCUAUUUUUUAGGAAAAAACAAUAUAUUUUUUAUGUUUAUGCAGAUAUGCUAUUAUGGUAGUAUAUUAGUGAGCAAUAUAAUUUCGAUAGUUAUAGUAUCCCAUGCAAUAGAUUAUAUUUUAGUAAAUAUAUUUGGCUAUACUAUUGGGGUGAUUAUAUAUCCAAACUUUCAGUUUAGCACAAUCACAGAUAUAAAUAAAUUGUAUUAUAGCAAUAAUUAUGUAUUGUGUAUAACUAUAGGAUAUGUAAUAAAUGCUAUCAUAUCAAUAUAUUUUUCUCAAUCAAGUUUAGAAGAUAAUAUGAAAGUACAAGUAUUAUCCUUUAUAUUUUUAAUGAUUACAAUUUUUCAAAUCAUUUUUCUAAGUAUUAUAAAAAUAUAUAAAUAUAACAAUGCCCACACAAUAUUGCCAAAUGAUAGUACGGGGAAAUAUUCAGAUAUUAAAUAUCCAACCAUAUUUGGUGAUUUUAAUUUUAAACAACUUUUAUCUUCCUAUAUAUCAUCUUAUUCUGCUAUAACAGUAAUACCGUGUUGGGCAAAUGAAAUGAAGUCUGAUGUAAAAAUUAUGAAAACUGUAUGGAUUUCAAACUUUUUUUGUUGUUUUGUUUAUUAUAUAUUUGGAUACGUAUUAUAUACCGCUUACCCUCAUAUUAAUAAUGAAAAUAUAUUGUAUGGCAUAUUAAAAAAUCCAUCUAUAAAUACUUCAAUGAAAAUUUCUAUUUAUUUAUUUGAUUUAUUAACUAUUGCACCUGGAAUUUAUGUAUAUUGUAUUGCAACAAGGUAUAAUUUAGUUAAUAGUAAUAUAUGCUCAGAAAAGGUUGCCUUCCUUUUUGGUACUGUUUUUCCAUUCCUUAUAUCAUGGUGGUUUACUUCUCGGGCUAUGUUUGAAAGCAUUUUUACAUGGUCAAGUUUAAUUUUUUCAUAUGCAUGUAAUUACAUUACACCAUCAAUUAUAUAUUUGAUAGCUUGUAAAAAUAUUCCGUAUUCUCAAAAAAAUCCGCUUCAUUAUAUUCAUGUUUUAUACGACCCAAAUGAAUAUAAACAAAAAAAAUUCGCGUUAUACAACAUGUUUUCUGUAAAAAACCAUUCCAAGGAAAGAGAAGGCACAAGCUCAAAUACAAAUCCCAGGAUUCUCAAUGAAAGAAAUUAUAACCAAAAAUGUGAUGCAGAUACAUUCAAAAUAGAAACAGGUGAUUGUAUUAAUAGUCAAAAUAAAAUUUUUAAUAAUAUUACUAAAAAUUUCUAUAAUAAAACAUAUCAAUACCCGCGCUUUGAAAAAAAUGAAAGUAAAUUCGAUACCAAGGAAAUUUAUAAAUUAAAGGAAUAUAAAACAAAAGAAAUUGAAAACAAAACUAUCAUCAACGAUGAUUCUAAUAAUGUUAAUAAUAAUAAAAAAGGCAAAUAUAAAAUACAUUUUAAAAGUCUUAGCCAAAUUAACAAUCUGGAAGAGCAUGAUAAGCACAAUUAUUAUGACGAAACAAAAUCAACUAGGGGAAAAAACAUAACUUAUUUGAUAGGAAUAGACCAAGAAUCUCAACAACAAUUGAACAAGUAUAAUAAUAGUAAUAAUAAUAAGAUUAGCGACUUAAAUGACAAUUCCAGAUUCUUAGAGAAUAAUGUAGAAACCACAUGCGAUGAUUUUCAAAAUGGAUACAGGGAAUUAAAAGACAUAUGUGAGGAAAAUGGAAAUGAAGGUAUGAGAUUUAAAUCUCCUGAAAUAAUAAGAAAUUCAUAUAAUGAUAAUAAUAAUAAUAAUUAUUAUAGAAAAAAAAGUGACAAGGAUUUAAAAAAAAAAAAUAAAGUAAAUAUAUCACAUGAAUAUUGUAAAAAAAACGAAAAUAAAUUAAGUAAAUUCGAGUUACGAAAAUAUAAUUCUUUAUUCAAUAUUAAGAGUAAUAAUAUUAAUAAAAAUAAUUCUAAAAAAACGAAUCAACACCAAAUGCAUAAUGGCCGAAAAUCACGAAAACACAAAACUGUUAUAGGAUUUGAAAAAAAGCAUAUUAAAAUUUCCAUUAAAAAUAAUAAUAUUAAUAAUAAUUAUUAUGGCUAUUCCAACAUUAGUGAAAAUGAUAUGUUAAAUAAUAAAAAUAUAGCCGAUUUAUCAAAAGAUAUAUAUAAUGAUGUAAAAAUAAUAAAAAAAAAUUAUGAAAGAAAUAAAUAUUUAAUUAGAUAUUCUGAUAUAUUUGAUUCUUUUUUAAAUCUAAAAUUCAUACUUGAAAAUGGCACUCAGAGAAAUUCUGUUGAUAGUGAUUUCAAUUUAGAUGUAGCAGACAAAAAUAGAAGCUCUAAAGAUUAUGACACGAAUAAGCUUAUUAAUAGCUAUAAUACAAACAAUAGCUCCUAUUCAAACAAUUGUAAACCUUUUCUUACUAAUGAGAAACUUCCUAACACAUUUGAUAAAUAUAUACAGAGGAAUGACCGUAGUGCAAACGAAUAUGAGUAUAAAGUGAAUGACAAAAAUUUAGAAACAGAAAUAAAAAUAGGGAUAAAAAAUGUGCUAUGUAAAAAUCAAAUAAACGAUAUAACCUAUAGUAUAGAUGCAAGUAAGGAUGAAAAUAGAGAACUAUCCAAAAAAAGGAAAAGUGAAGAAAUAAAAAAAUUAAACAUUUCUACACACACAGAUACAUAUAAAAAUAUAUUGAUAAAUAAUCCAUUAUCUGAUAAACAGAAGAUAAAGAAAAUUUUAGAAGACAUAGAGAAACAAAAAUCAAAUGAUGAAUAUAAAAGAAAAAUAAAAAAUAUUAAAAAAGAAUUUUGUAUGUUUAUUAAUGAAAUCAAUAAUAAAAAAAAAUUAACAUGGGCUUUUGAUGGAAACAAAACAAAUACAAAUUUAAUAAUAAAUAAAAAAAAUAUAAAUGUUUCCAAUGCAUAUAAUUAUUUAUAUUCAGACGAUAAUACAAAUUAUUUUUAUAAAAAAUCAGAAAGCGAAACAUACUCAUAUAACAUAAAUUUAUAUAAAAAUAAAGAAUCCUUAGAUACUGUUAUAAAUAAACAAAAAAGUGCCUCAUAUUUAAAUAAUAAUUCUUAUCACAAUAUUCUAUUGAGGUACCAAACAAAUGAUAGUAAUUCUAACACAUUAAUGAAAACACAAAGUUCAAAUUAUUACAAAAAAUUUCAAUCGUUAUCAUUGAACAGUGGGAAAAAUAUAUUAACCAAUUUCCAGCCACAAAGGGACGAAGAAAAUAAGAAUGAACCCACUAAUAUCUACAUAACUAACCAAAUAAAUGACCCUAUAAAUGAAAGUGUAGAUGAUUCUACAAAUAUAUGCCCUCAGAUGCUUAUGCCAGAAAAUUUUAACAAAGACAAAAAAUGUCAAAUUAAAGAUAAUAUUUUAACAGAUCAAGAGGAAUCUAAAGAAUCAACAAAUGAUUUACAGUUAAAUAAAAAUAAAGAUAUAAUUAUGUAUUUUUUAAAUUCAUAUAAUAAAAAAAAUAAAAUAUAUAAAGAUAUAAAUACAUUAUAUGUUCCUGAUAAUGUAUAUCAUGUUAUUCCCAAAAUUAACAGAAGUACUGAGCAAAAUAUUUUUGACGAUUCAAUAAAUAAUAUUUUUAACUAUUAUAAAUAUAAUUUUCUUUUAUCAUUUGUCGAAAACAAUGAUUAUAAUAAUAUUAGCAAAAGUGGUAGUAUUAAAUAUCCAAAUAUCCCGAAUAAAUACUUUUCUCAAAAUGAUAUAAAUAUAGAAAAUGCCGCACUAAAGGAGAUUUAUAUUAAUAAUACUGAAAAAGAGGAUUCCUUAUAUUCUAUUUCUCAAAAUAAUAAAAAUAUUUAUUUAAAUAAAUUUCCUAAUAAUGAAAAAAGAGAACCACUAUUAAAUUAUUAUAAAAAAGAAAAGAAAUAUAGUGAUUUGCCAAAAAUUAAUUUAAUUUGCUCUGAAAAACCUAUAUUUGGGUAUGAAGAUGCAUAUCAAAUAGAUGAUUAUGUAAAUGGGAAAAUUAAUGAAAAUAUUAUUCAUGUCUAUCCUAUUAGAUAUUUAAGAAUUAAACAUGUUAAAACAACUGAAGUUUUAUUGCUUAUUGCAAUAUUUUUAUUAGCUAUCUCUAUCCUUUACAAUUUUAUCGCUUAA